AUGUCCAUUCAAGAGAAGAAAGGGGCUACAUUUAGUGACUCACUGUCUACGAAUAACCAAAGCACCAGAGACUAUGAAGCUUCUGUAACACCUAGCAGCGAAGAACACAAGGGAUCUGCUUUCCUUGCUUAUUUCAACGUCGUAUGUGUUGUAGCCGGUACUGGUACUCUCGGACUUCCUUAUGCCCUUAGACAGGGUGGCUGGAUCGGUAUCUUCAUCCUGUUUUUGUCUUGGUCGAUGUCAGUAUAUACCGGUAUUCUACUCAUUCGCUGCCUUUACGCAAGCAAAACCACGAAACGACUUGUCAACUACAAAGCCAUUGCCACCGAAUCAUUUGGUGUGAUUGGUGGUUGGGUUACUUUCUUCUUCAACGCCUGGAUUUUGCUUGGUGCUCCAGUCCUCUACAUGGUCCUCUCCGGCCAGAACCUCAAUCAAUUGUGCAAAGGCACCGUCGGUGAAAUCGGCUCGAUUCCCUGGACAAUUAUCUCGUCUGCCAUUGUCGCCAUUCCUUUUAUUCUCGUCAAAUCAAUGAAAGAAGUUGCCUGGAUGAGUGCCUUUGGUGCCUCUGCAACUGUCAUCGUUGUCGUCAUCGUUUUGGUUAUGGCCUGUGUGGAUGAGAAGAACCAGAUCAACGUUCAUCAUGACGGUGUAAUCUGGGAGCAGUUCCCAAUUGCCCUCAGUACUAUUUCGUUUUCAUUCGGUGGCAAUGCCGUCUACCCUCAUGUCGAAAAGUCAAUGAGAGAACCCAAUCUCUGGCCCAGAGUUGUUGCCGGCGGUUUGACCACCUGUGUUCUGAUGUACUUUGUCACUGCUGUUCCUGGUUACUAUGUCUAUGGUGAUACCGUUGUUAACCCGAUCUACAACAGUAUCCCCGAAGGACCUCCCCAGAUUGUUGCUAUCGUUUUGAUGACCAUUCACGUUCUCAUGGCUGCUCCUAUCUUGAUGACUUCCUUCUCUCUCGACGUCGAAGACAUGUUCAACAUCUCUGUCGAACGCUUCGGAAAGUGGGGCGAGUUCUUUAUCCGUGCCGCUCUUCGUAUCCUAAUUGUAGCCGUCGUAUGUGUGAUUGGUUGUGUCGUACCCCAUUUCGACAACCUCAUGUCUCUGAUUGGUGCCUUUGCCAACUGUGCCCUCAUCUUCAUUUUCCCAGUCUUGUUCUACUUCAAGCUAACUGGCUGGCGCAACAAGCGUUUCUACGAGCUUGCAUGGUGUGCCCUGAUUGUUGUGAUGGGCAUCGUUGGUCUCAUCUUUGGUACCAAAGAAGCCGUCGAAGAUUUGAUUGAGUCCUUCUCAUAA